GAAAAAAAAAACUGAACAAAGAAAAACUGAAAGUGGAAAAUUAAAAUCAGUUCCUACUAUAAUUUGUAUUAACUAUGUCUGAGGUUCCUGUUCAAACCCCAUUGUCCAAGAGAGUAGUGCAAGUGGCAUGCUCCAUUGUGUGGUGUUUGCUUGCUGCUGGUCCAGUGUUUGGCUUUGCAGCAUUGAAACCAAUUCUUAUCAGUGAAGGUGUUUAUGCUGAAAAAUGUAACCUUAAUAUCAAUGGUACUUCAAUUGUUUCUAAGCUUGGGGGAACUUCUCUUGUUUCUGGAUUUGCUUCAAUUGCUAACGUUGAUGUGUUAUCUCAUCACCUUUCCCCCUGUGUGGAACAAGAUUUACUGUUGAAUUUUAUGUUCACUUUAGCCGCAAUCGUUACAAAUGUUGCAGCUUUACCAGUUGGUUCCAUUCUUGAUGAAUAUGGACCUAGAGUAAGUGGAAUCAUUGGAUCUUUUUUGAUUUUCUUUGCUUCUCUUUUACUCAGAUACGGUAAAUCAUUCGCCAAUUCUUCUUGGUUUGAUGCUUAUGCCACCGGUUAUGCCUUACUUGCAUUGGGUGGUCCAUUUGUAUUCAUUUCUUCUUUUCAAUUGGCCAAUAGUUUCCCUAAAAAUUCAGGUUUGAUCCUUGCCUUACUCACUGGUGCAUUUGAUUCAUCUUCUGCCCUUUUCCUUAUCUACAGACUUAUUUACACCAACGUUCAUAAACUCACUUUACAUUCAUUUUUCAGUUAUUAUCUCGCUGUCCCAGUUUUCAUUCUUGUUUGUCAAGUGUUAGUUAUGCCAAAGGAUUCGUACAAGACUGUUGGUACUUUAGCCAAAAUUGGAGAAAUGGGGAUUGAUGAAUCUGGAAGACCUUUAAACCCAGAUAAUCUUUUACCAGAAGACCGUAGUAACAGUUUUGGAGAACAAGAAUAUCGUCAACCUUCAAUGACUGAAACUACAUCACUUUUAAUGAGACGUGCCAGCACCAGUAGAAGAGCUUCUGUCAUUCUGAGAGCUUCUUAUACUUCCAGAACUUCCAUGAAAUCCGUUUAUGAACAAGAUGCUGAAGAUAAAAUGAUUGCUUCAUCUGGUGGUGUAUUCGGAAUUAUGCAUGGCUAUAGUAUUGUUGAACAAUUGAAGUCUCCUUGGUUUACUCUUAUGACUUUAUUUACUACGAUUCAAAUGCUUCGUAUUAAUUAUUUUGUUGCGACUAUCAAGUCUCAAGAAUUGUUCUUAUAUGGUGGUAAUGAGUCCUUGGCUAUUGCAAUCAACCAAUUCUUUGACUUGGCCUUGCCAUUAGGUGGUUUGGCAUCUAUCCCAUUCAUCGGUGUCUUGUUGGAUAACUUUACUACUUUAUCAAUUUUAUCUAUUCUUACUGUUAUUUCGCUUUUCAUUGGUGUUAUGGGUCUCUUAUCCUUUUUACCUGCAACUUACGCUGGGAUCUUGAUGUUGGUUAUGUAUAGACCAUUCUAUUACACUGCUGUUUCUGAUUUCUGUGCUAAAGUAUUCGGAUUUGAUACAUUUGGAACUAUCUAUGGGGCCAUCAUUUGCUUCUCUGGUAUCUGUAACAUACUUCAACAAGUUAUGGAUAAGGCUACCCAUGAAGUUUUCAACAUGAACCCAACUCCAAUCAAUGCCUUAUUGACUGCAUUGACAGCAGUCUUUGGUAUUGCCUUGAUUGGAUUCGUGAGAUCACAAGAACUUGAACUCAAGAGAAAAAACUUGGAAUUAGAAGCCCAAGAGGCUUCUGUAAGAGGAAUUCCACAUUAAAUC